AGAGAGAAGGUAUUCAACUUUCAAGAGUGAUUAAAUUCUGUAAAUUAUUAGACUUUUGAGUGAAGCAUCAAAAUCCCAGUUGGAAAGCUUAUUAUCACUUCAAUUUUACGUUUGCUUUUUCAGCAGGAAAUUCUCUGAGGGUUGAUAGUUUUGGGCAGUGUAUAGAGCGGUCCUUUGCCACACGAUCUUCUUAUAACUUAUAGGUGUAGAAGCUUUGGAGGUUCUCAAUCAGAGUUACUGAAUAUAAAGUAAGUGGUAGCUUAUUUUAUAUUCUGAUAUUCUGAUUGAGAACUGAUGAGCUAGCAAGCAUGGGCUUGGUUUGGUCAUUGUCUUUCAGUUAGUGGGAAGGGACUGAGAUUAGGUUGAAGAUCCAUGUAAAUGGAGAGAAAUGUGGGAAAAGGUAUGAUGGGCCUGCCAAAAAACUAUGAACAGGUCAGAUACAGUUCUGUGGAAACCAGAGCUGAAGGAAUUGGUUCUGCAAAUCAAAGAUUUUUCCAGGAUCCUGCCAGUUCUAUUAACACUAACAUAAGACCACCUGAGUUUGGUAUACCAGUUGUAGCUAGACCUGUUUUGAACUAUUCCAUUCAGACCGGCGAGGAGUUUGCUCUUGAAUUUAUGCGUGACAGGGUAAAUCCAAGGCAGCAAUUCAUCCCGAAUGCUUCUGGUGCCGAACACAGUGGUGCAUCCUCUUAUACAGAUUUGAAGGGAAUCCUGGGAAUAACUAGUACUGGUUCUGAGAGUGGGUCAGAAGUCUCCAUGAUUCCCUCAGCAGGAAAGAGUCAAGUUCAGGUUCAUCAAAGAAACAAUUCUAUGGCAACUGAAGAAAAGGAUUUCUAUCAGCCAGUGCAGACGGUAAUUCGAAGCUCAUCUGGAAAUAACAUUAGUCAUGGUGUUCAUAAUCGGGGUCAACCUCGAUCUGUGGAUACUUCAGCAGCAAAAUUGAAGUUUCUCUGCAGCUUUGGUGGUAAAAUCAUGCCUCGUCCCAGUGAUGGAAAGUUGAGAUAUGUGGGUGGUGAAACGCGUAUAGUUCGGGUAAACAGAGAUGUAUCUUGGGAGGAGCUUUUGCAGAAAACCAUGGCAAUCUACAAUCAAACUCGUGUGAUUAAAUACCAGCUUCCUGGAGAGGAUCUCGAUGCUUUGGUGUCAGUCUCCUGCAAUGAGGACCUACGAAAUAUGAUUGACGAAUGUAAUGUGCUUGAAGAAGGUGGCACCCAGAAACCUAGGAUGUUUCUGUUUUCGCCCAGUGACUUGGAUGAUUCUCAGCUUAGCCUUGGAAGCAUGGAAGGUGAUUCUGAGUUUCAGUAUGUUGUUGCUGUGAAUGGCAUGGACUUUGGCUCAAGAAGAAACUCUAUCGGUCUGGCAAGCACAUCAGGAAACAAUUUGGAUGAGUUGCUGGGUUUCAGUGUUGAAAGGGAGUCCAGUCGAGUUGCAGCAGACUUGACUGGUAGUAAUACUGCACAACCAAUGGAUGAGAUGUAUGUUUCUAGUCAAUCUUCUCAAACCAUGGGGCAGAGUUUAUCACAUGCUUUUGAGUCUAAUCCUCAUAGUUACCACGGUAAUAAAGUACUAGGAGAGGUUGAGAUGCGUCUGUUACCCAAUUUUCAACAGAGAGAGAGUCUCCCCAAGACAGAUGGCCAAAGCUUUGUUCAGUCUUCUGCUACAUUGCAGUAUACUUAUAAUUCUCACGGAUCCCACCAACCAGUCAAUGUAGAAAACUUGGUUCCACAUUCUAGCCAAGGGCAUAUUGUCCGACAGGGUGGUCUUACACAAGAGCAGCCAUAUGUCAGCUUGCUAAUACACAAACCAGAACCAUUAGCAACUGAGAUGAAAAUUAAUAGGGAUAACUCAAUCAAGAAGAAAUCUGAAUCUUAUACAGAUCAAUCUGUAGAUAACGAUGUACUUGUCAAGGAGACAAAGAUGAGGAGAGAGAAUUCAACUCAGAGAAUUACUGAACCUGAGAAAAUGCAGCCUUCAGGAGGCAAGAACAUUGUUUCUUCAACACAGCAUGACUUUUAUGCUUCAGAUUUGGCUUCUAAAGAUGAAGCAUCAGUCGCCCGUUCUGCAGAGCAUCCAGGGCCUGCAGCAGUACAUUUGAAAACUAGUGAAAAGGACCAGGAACCUUUACAGAACUCAGUGACUCCUGAAGCAUUUGAGGAAGAGAAAGCAGAUAAGUUCAAUGAAGAGGGUCAUCUUUAUUUAUCUGGUAAAGCAUCUGCCGAUGGCUGUGGUGAUUUAGAUACCCAUCCAACUGAUGCUAGCCAUGAACCACAAGUGCUUGCUCAGCGGAUUUUUCGUUCAGAAAGAAUACCAAGAGAACAAGCAGGGUUAAAUCGUCUAUCCAAAUCUGAUGAUUCCUCUGGUGCCCAGUUUCUGAUAACACACACGCAAUCUGAUGUUGCCCAGCAUUUCACUGAAUCAGUUGAUCGGUUGCAUGAAAGGAAUGCAGAUGGCACAGAAUCAUCUGACAAGAUGCAGGAAAGAAAUGUAGCCUCACAGACUGAGAAAUUUUUACCUUCUGGUAAACCUCAGCACCAUCAUUUGCCCGCCACUGGAAACAAACGGGAAGUUACGGAGAAGUCCAUUGAGGCAGAUAGUAAAGCCACUUUUCCAAAUUCCGGUAUUAGUCAAGAAGCUUCUGGGUCAAAUCUUCAGAAGUCUGAGCAAAAAGCUCCUGUAAUUCCUGAAAAGGAAAUUUCUGGUUCAAGUUGUCUUGCUGCUAGCCAAGGGAUUUCUGAGAAAGUUCAUGAUGAGUCUACUGCCAAGUUAAUGGAGCUUCCCUUGGGUGAGAUAGCUGCCAUAAGAAUGGACCCAAGUACCAAAAAGGUUCAAAUAUUGCCUACUGUUGGAAAAGAGCAUCCAGUUGCAGCUAGUCCUGAAGAAAAGCCUUCUACUAGUGUCAGUGUCCAAGAGCAAGGGGACAUCCUUAUUGACAUUAAUGAUCGAUUUCAUCCUCAUUUCUUGUCUGAUAUGUUUUCAAAGGCUAAGAUAGACGGCACAAGGGUUGCUCCACUGCCUAGUGAUGGAAAUGGGUUGAGCUUGAAUAUGGAGAAUCAUGAACCUAAGCGCUGGUCAUUCUUCCAGAAGUUGGCCCAAGAUGAUUUUGUGAGAAGAGAUGUCUCUCUUAUCGAUCAGGACCAUGUUGGUUUCUCACCACGUACUAAUGUUGAAGAUGUCGUAUCAGUGGACUAUAGCUUUGCACCUUCUAGAGAUGUUGGAGUUGCAGUGGGUCAUAUUGAUUCUCAAAUAAAUUUUGGUUCUGAUGUUCAGCAGCAAUCUCGUGGUUUUGUUGAACCUAAUACUAUGAAUGUGCCUACAGAUUACAAUCCUUCUCAGACCACUAGCCUACAGAGCAUGCAGUUUGAUGGUCCAAUGAAUUCAAGGAUACCCGAGAGUGAUUAUCAGGAUGAGAAGAUAGAAGCUCAGCAUGCAGGCUUUCCUCUUAUUGACCUCUCCCUGGUAGACUUUGAUCCUAGUAGCUUGCAGAUCAUCAUGAAUGAAGAUCUUGAAGAGUUAAGGGAAUUGGGAUCUGGAACAUUUGGGACUGUGUACCAUGGAAAAUGGAGGGGAACAGAUGUCGCCAUUAAGAGGAUAAAGAAGAGCUGUUUCACUGGUCGGUCAUCAGAGCAGGAGAGAUUGACUGUAGAGUUCUGGCGUGAAGCUGAAAUCCUCUCAAAGCUUCAUCAUCCAAAUGUGGUGGCAUUUUAUGGUGUAGUGCAAGAUGGUCCUGGUGGAACACUUGCAACAGUCACUGAGUUCAUGGUGAAUGGUUCCCUCAGACAUGUCUUGCUCUCAAAGGACCGGCAUCUUGAUCGUCGUAAGCGGCUGACAAUUGCGAUGGAUGCAGCUUUUGGAAUGGAAUAUUUGCACUCCAAGAAUAUUGUGCACUUUGAUUUGAAAUGUGAUAACUUGCUUGUCAACUUGAAGGAUCCUUCUCGCCCUAUCUGCAAGGUGGGUGACUUUGGGCUGUCAAAAAUCAAAAGAAAUACCUUGGUUACUGGUGGUGUUAGGGGAACGCUUCCAUGGAUGGCUCCAGAACUAUUGAAUGGCAGCAGUAGUAAGGUUUCUGAAAAGGUUGAUGUCUUCUCCUUUGGAAUUGUACUUUGGGAGAUUCUUACUGGUGAAGAACCUUAUGCCAAUAUGCAUUACGGAGCAAUCAUAGGGGGUAUAGUGAACAACACAUUGAGGCCACCUGUGCCAAGCUACUGUGACCCUGAUUGGAGAUUACUCAUGGAACAGUGUUGGGCUCCAGAUCCUGCUGCACGUCCAUCAUUCACUGAAAUUGCCAGACGCUUACGCUUGAUGUCUACAGCAGGUCCGACUAGAACACAAGGUUAUACGAAACAAAACCAGUUAUCCAAGUGAUGACGUACUCUGUUUCUUUGUUGCCUUUUAAAUUUCCUGUUAAGAGUUCCAGAGCUUAAGUCUAAAUUUGAGUAUAGUAUGAGUGGGAAACUUUGGGUUACCCAGGAGUUUCUAUAUAAGGUGUGAAAUAACAAAAGCCAUUGAGACGAACUAUGUAUGAAGCAUGUAGAGUUACAUGCAAAACGUGAAAAGCAGUAUAUAUUUUGGAUAGUAUUAUUUGUAUCUAUGUGAUAUAGCAAUUGAACUUUAGUUUUGUGAUGGUCAAA